AUGGCAACAAAAAGAGGAAGACCGCGGAAGAAACCGCGUGGAGAGGAACAGAAUUGCAGUGAUAAAAUCGCCUCACUGAAAGAGAAAGACGAGGCAUUUGACAACUACGAAGCUGAAAGGCAAUGUACUGCAAUCAGAGCUCUCAGGGAUGUUGAAAUCGAACAUUUUAGCACUAUGCUGCAGUUACUUUGUUCGUAUUUCAGUGAAGACCAGUUGCAGAUUCCUGUAUUGCAGUUUUUCAAUGAAAAACUAACGAACCUAACCCUUGAAAAGACUGGAGAGGAUGGCCAAUAUGAAGUGAAAUCGAAAGGGGAAGCUGUGGAUGUGGACCAUGGUGAUAAAAGAACAUUACAUUCUGCUCUUCUACGUCGCUUGUCAUUAGCUUAUCCUGAUUUCUCCUCAGGGAUUCCUCCUCUAUGUGGCUUCAAAUUUUCAAAUCAAGCUGUGAAAACAAGCCUUUUUGUUGCUGAUAAACUAGAGACCAGGAGUCUCGUUUUUGACGAGCCAUCCGAAUCACAAAUGUUAGAACUGAAGGAUAACCUGUAUACUCCAAAUAUUUCUGCAUCCGAGUUAACUUCUCAUUGA